AUGGCUAGUCCAGAGGCGGUACGAACUCAAACAAUUCUCCCAGCCCGCUGGAAGUUCCGGUACGGCGUGCCUGUUUGCCAUCCACAUUGUCCAGAGUCGAGUACCUACACUGUGGCUCUGACUGUGGCUGCGACUGCCUCUGUCCAUUUCCCAUUUCCACUCUUCGACCUCCCCGGCCCCCACUGUCCCUUUUCGCAAAGGAGCUUGUCGCGCGCAUCUCCAAUACCCGCCCUGCCUCCAACCUACCCACCUCGAACUCGCCCCGAUUUCCAUUUCAGCCUCACCGGAUAUGGUCUCUUAUUCGAUUUGAAUGGACAUGACGCCCCACUGCGCCCUUCGCGCUUCUCAAUACUGAGAACUACGCGAUGCCGGGCGUUGUCGAAAACGCCCACCGCGACGGUGGCAGUCCCGGUGGAUCGAGAAUUCAGCGUUGCCAACCAGAAGGUUGAGCUGGAGAUUGACUUCUUUUCUAAGAGCAUCAAGGGGAAGACAGAGAUCACUAUUUUACCUCACAAGAAAGAAUUGACGGCAUUCCGAUUGAAUUUCCGACAAGGCGAGAUCAAACGAUUGACCGUGAACAAUGUUGUCGCUACCACCAAAUAUGCCGACCCUUACGAGAAUCUCAACCUGUACGGACCCCAAUAUCAUCAAAAACUCUUACCCAAUAUCGACGCGCUUCUGAAGACCCCCACGCACCCAGAGCUAGAAAUCACCAUUCCCAAAGGCGUCCGGAUCAGAGAGCUCAACAAGGCCGAAGCUCAGGAACAGAUCACACUACAAGGCAUAGGGAGCGAAGUGGAUGGACCAGCAGGAGCCAGACCACCCGAAGUCAACCGCACUCAGUUUAAGGAGCUGACCGUGAACAUCGAGUUCACAGUUGAGAAGAUUCGAGAUGGUCUCCAAUUUGUUGGUAUUGAUAGCGGGGACCGUCGAUACCCGCACGCCUACACGACGAACUCGCUAGAAACAGGCGUCGGUUGCCCUCUAUUCCCAUGCGUCGACGAUCCUCUGUCACGAUGUACCUGGGACGUCUCCAUAUCAUGCCCCGCCUCACUUGGCGAUGUGUUCAACCGAAAAACAGGAUCAGGUUCAACCACACCUUCUCGAUCACGCAAUCCGAACCGACCUCUUUCCACCGAUGAUGAGGGACUGGACAUGUCGGUGGUUUGCUCGGGGGAAUUGACUGAUGAUAUCGUGGACCCGAAGGACCCCACAAGGAAGACUGUUUCAUUCUCGUGCUUCUCGCCUUUAUCGGCGCAGCAGAUUGGUUUCGCGGUUGGCCCCUUUGAAUACGUGAAUCUGGCAGACUUUCGUGAAAGUGAUCAAGAUGAGCAACUCGGUACGAAUGCCAUUCCCGUGCACGCGUUCUGCUUGCCAGGAAGGGGUUCCGAAGUCGAAAACACCAGCUUCCCUAUGGCCCAAGCCAUUGAUUUCUUCUCGCUGUCUUAUGGAUCGUAUCCUUUCUCGAGCUAUAAGCUAUGCUUUGUGGAUGAUGUCCCGACAGAAACCCUUCCCAUGGCGUGCAUGGCCAUCUGCAGCAGUCAUCUACUAUUCCCCGAGUCGAUCAUCGACCCAAUGUAUGAUUGCACGAGAUCUUUAGUGCAUACAUUGGCUUGCCAGUGGACCGGCAUCAAUAUCAUACCCAACGAGCCGGCUGAUACCUGGGUCACUGUUGGUAUAGCAUGGUAUAUCACAGAUACAUUCAUGAAAAAGCUCUGCGGCACCAACGAAUACCGAUUCCGACUGAAAAAUAUGUCAGAUAAGAUCUGCGACUUAGACUAUGAGCGCCCGUCUAUAUAUGAUAUGGGAACCUUCCUCAAAAUCGACGCCUCCGAAUACCGUUUCAUCGCUUUGAAGGCGCCUUUGGUCCUAUUCAUCCUUGAUCGCCGUCUCACCAAGGCAAGUGGUAAGGCCACCAUGUCCCGGAUUAUCUCUCGGCUCUUCCUCAACUCGCGCAUGGGUGACAUUCCCAAUGGUGCAGUGACCUCUUCGCUCUUCCAGAAGCUUUGUGAGCGACUCGGCCACUCCAAGUUGGAUGUCUUUUUCCAGCAGUGGGUUUACGGUGCCGGAUGUCCACGCUUCCAAGCCACCCAGCGAUUUAACAAGAAGAAGCUUGUCGUUGAAAUGAUGAUCAGACAAGUUCAGGUUCAACCAGACCAAACGGUCGCGCGAGAUCUUGAUGAAAAUUCUUUCUUGCGAGAUUUGAAAGAGGAAGUCAGGCAUGUCUAUGCCGGUCACCCCCAGCCCGUCUUUACUGGGUCCAUGACGCUUCGUAUCCACGAGGCUGAUGGUACACCAUACGAGCAUAUUGUUGAGAUCAAAGAGGGUGUAACAAAGUUCGAUAUCCCCUACAACACAAAAUACAAGCGUCUCAAACGAAACAAGAAACAAAGAGAACGCGCCGUGGCAUCGGGUGAAGCGGAGGCCCAAGAAGAAGUGCUCCUCUACUGUUUGGGCGAUGUCCUGCAAACUGAGGAGGAGAUAGAGGCAUGGCGCCUGACCGAUUGGACCAAGGAGGACGAGGAAAGAAUGGGACAAGAGUCCUACGAGUGGAUUCGCAUGGAUGCAGAUCUCGAAUGGAUUUGCAAGUUGUCCCUGGGCAUGCCUGGUUACAUGUAUCUGUCGCAACUGCAGCAAGAUAGGGAUGUUGUCGCGCAGUUGGAGGUAAGCCUCGGUCUCCCAGAUGGUCACUAUUUCACUGCUAACUCGAAACAGUCUCUACAAUACAUGGCAGCUCAACGAGAGCACAAGUUGAUAUCGUCAAUUUUUGCUCGCACACUCAUGGAUAGUCGCUAUUUCCAUGGAAUCCGAGUGACAGCCGCGAGGUCGUUGGUAAGGCAUGCCAAGGAUGACGUGGAUUGGAUUGGACUCUACCAUCUUGAAACAGCAUUCCAAGAACUUUUCUGUCUGCCAGGGUCCCCGAUGACUCGUUCUAACAAUUUCGAGGAUCGGGCAGCAUACAUUCUGCAAAAAGAAAUUCCCGAGGCCAUCUCAAAGGUACGGGAUAACAGCGGGAAGACUCCUCUGAGGGUGAAGCGCUUUUUAUUCGACAAGUUGAAAUUCAACGAUAACUCGAACAAUGCCGUAAGUACAGCACAUGUGGGCGUAUUAUCACGGUACAUUAUACUGAUUUUGUCAAAGUUCUCGGAUAACUUCUACGUCGCUUCCUUAAUGCGCUCACUCUGCCACGCCAUGCUAGGGAGAAAUGAAGCGCGUUCAGAUGAGGAACUAGCCCAUUUCGACAUGGAGCGUGUCUUGGAGAACCAAGCCGAAGAGCAGUUGGAAAAAGACACUAUAGCAGAGUUCGACCGUUACAGACGCAUGGAUGAGUGGUCUAGCUCGUUCCAAAACAUAUACUCUCGCGCUGCCCUGCAGUGCCAGAUGCAGCUCAUGAAAGCCAAAAUCCAGGAUGUGGAUAUCAUGCGCUUCAUCCCCUAUACACGAGCCGGCACAUAUGAUCUUCUUCGAUUACAGGCAUUUGAAUGCCUUGUCGACCUGGACAUUUCCCAAAACCAAGAACUCCUCCGAUGGCUUAUUUAUACAAUGACAAGUGACUCCUCGGCGUACAUCCGCCAUCACAGCCAGAGGAUAUUUGGACGUGCCCUGGCCCAGAUCGCUUUUGGCCGGCCUAAAGAGCCAGAAAACACCCAGUUAGGCGGCGGUCUGAUCAUCGAACAAGAAUCAUCAACCGAAAUCCGUCAAGCCGAUCUCGCCCGUCGCCAAACCGUGUCCGGUGCCCUCGAGGCUCUAAAGAGGGAAAUCGGCCAAGACCCAUCUAUGAAAGAGUACAUGUGGGCAGCAUGUAAUUCCCCAGUCCUUGGUAUCCUAGAAAUCGCAGAGCUAGUCGACAUCUGUCGCGUUCUAUUCGACCCGAUUAAAACCAAGAUGGCUCAAAUUCCACUUCCUCGCUACUGGAAGGUCCAGAAUCUAGGCAACGGAAAACUGAAGUUCCAACGAUCUAGUCGUGUGCGCACUAGCCUGGCACCGUUAAAGGACUCAAAGCGGAAGCGCGAAGAGAAUGGCAUGCCACCUCCCGCUCCACGCAUUACCUUCAAGCAAGUCAAAAAGGAAAACGGUCCCGGGCCUAGCCCCAGCCCCAGCACACCAUCCUCUACGAGUCUUCCUAAGCUCCACAUUCCCAAGCCCGUGCCGAGUACGCCCAGCGCGGGCGCCGGGGGGACAGGCACAGGUACAGCAGGAACGGCGAAAAGCAGUACGCCUGUCGCGACAACUCCCUCAACACCAGCGAGUGGAGGCGGAUUGAAGCUGAAGCUGAAGUUCGGACCAAAGUCGAAAUAA